AUGACUUCCAAAGCGAUAACCUCUUUGCUCGCUCGCCACCGCCAAUUGGCUCCCACGGCGGCUGUCUUUGUUUCUCCAUUAUGCUUGGGAAGCAUGAACUUUGGGAAUGCUUGGAAGGCCCAGCUUGGGGAGUGCACCAAAGAGUCUAGCUUCGAAAUCCUUGAUCAAUAUUUCGAGAAGGGUGGCAAUUUUAUUGACACUGCCAAUGCUUACCACUAUGGGGAAACUGAGACUUGGUUGGGAGAAUGGAUGCAACUGAGGGAGAACCGAGAUCAGAUUGUCUUGGCCACCAAAUAUAGUGGUCUUUAUAACAUGCAAGAUCCCAAGAUUCAAAUUCGCUGUAACACCCAGGGAAACGGGUCCAAAUCGCUGCGACUCUCAGUAGACUCGUCGUUGCUCAGGUUGAAGACAAGUUACCUCGACCUGCUCUAUGUUCACUGGUGGGACUAUACGACGUCUAUUCCGGAGCUGAUGCACAAUCUCAACGAUCUGGUGGUCUCGGGAAAGGUUCUCUAUCUUGGUAUCUCAGAUUGUCCAGCAUGGGUGGUCUCCAAGGCCAAUCAGUAUGCUCGUGACCAUGGACUUCGUCAAUUCGUUGUCUACCAAGGUAUGUGGAAUGCCUCAUUGCGCGAUGUCGAGCGAGACAUCCUCCCAAUGUGUCGAGCGGAAGGUAUGGCCAUUUGUGCCUAUGGAACUCUUGGUCAAGGCGAUUUCCAAACCGAAGCUAGUUUCCGUGAGCGAGAGCAAAGCAAAGAAGGGCGAAAGCAAGGCGCUACCUCACUUCGAAACAGGCAAAUAUCAAAGGCUCUCGAAACCGUUGCCGAUUCAAAGCAAACAACCAUCACCAAUGUUGCACUCGCAUAUACUCGACAGAAAGCGCCUUAUAUCUUCCCAAUCGUUGGGGGGCGGAAAGUCGAGCACAUUAAAGGCAACAUCGAUGGGCUUUCUGUAUCAUUGACGGACGAAGAAGUUACUCAAGUAGAGUCAGCUUACGACUGGGACCCGGGAUUCCCACACACGUUCCUCAGUGGGACCCUUCGAAAAGGCACAGACGAGCCACAGAAGAUGGCUAGUCGUGCAAGUGAGGUUUGGCUCACGGCUAUGCACGGCAAUUUUGACUGGGUGGAAGAUCCAAAGGCCAUUUCAACUCCUGCUUGUUGA